AUGUCGUUUCGUUUCCCUCGGUGGGGACGCAAGAAGAACAAGAACAAAGAGUCGGCUGGUGGAGGGACCAAGUAUCACUCGAACGGUGCAGGAGGCGCUUCGGGGGGGAUCGCCCGCCCCCCUCCCUCUGCUCCCGGACGCACGUACAGCACGGGCUCGGACUAUAAUGCCCAGCAGUCGUGGCAGUCGAAUGGCACGAUGCCGCCCAUGUCAGCUUCGAGUGACCGCCCGAAGCCGUCGCCGUAUCGAGAGGCACCGCUGCCUUUUUCUCACCCGCUCUAUGCGAUGGACGCGGAAGGGAUGAUCCACUUGAAAGCCACGGGCAAAGGAAUGGAUGACUCGGAUCUGGCUGUGCACCAGGAUGAGAUCAUUACGACUGUCGUUAAGUACGUGCAGGACUCAAUGCGCAAAGAGUUGGGGUUUCGCGAGGUACCGAUCCCAAUGGAUAGCACGCCUGAAGCGCCUGCGAAGGCUAAUGUCUUUGUCUCACGCAACUACGAGACGUGCAAGAAGUUGCUGGUCUUUGUAGCGGUGAGUCGAGGACUAUACCCUGGUCUUUGGAGUCGUGGCCUCGUGCUGCAUGCUGGCGUCAAAAGUGGAAGUAUGCUCGAGUACUUUCGCAAGGCUAUCGAUGAGGGGUAUGGCAUUAUUGUGGCCAACCCGAACAAAAACGUUAUUGUCAUGCGGGAUGGCAAGCAAAGGAUGCAAAUACCUGGAUCGUCCAGUCCGGAAGAGCACAUGGAUUCGCUUUGGGACUCGUAUAUUGCUCGAUCGGCGGCUAGACGCGUGUAUUUCUUGGGCUACUCGUACGGUGGUGUACUGAUUAAGUACCUGCUACAGUCGCGCGGUGACCAGCUCAUGCGUCGCAAUGGUGCCAUUGCACUAAUUGAGUCGAGUCACCGUAUUGAAGAUGGUGACUCGCAGUCCGUCAAGUCGAUUUUGGCACAUCGAACGAUGUACUGGGAGAGUAAUGAUCAACCUUUCCAGACCAAAUUGGACGGUGAUGCUCCACAUCGCACUGGAUGUACGUGUUUGUCAGCAGGCAGACCGCCUCGUGCUCAUGCAAAUCACUACUACGUCACCGCGUUUUGCAUAAAUAAGAUCGAGGAGGCGCUGUUCCGUUUUCUAGACACACGGGAUGCUACUACCUAUGUGGCUGGCGAGAAGCCUAUUCCUGAGCCUCCGACAUCGGCUCCAGCAGUCAUUGGUAACGGUGCUGGUGUCCCCAGCGUUCCACAGCUGCAGCGCCAGGAGUCAGCGCGGCGUGAAGCAAACAACUCGAAGAUGGGCAACAGCGAGAAGCACUGCAACUUGUGUCUGUUCCACUUCACGCUUUUCGACCGUCGUCAUCAUUGCCGCAUGUGCCAUCGGGCUGUUUGCAAUGCGUGUUCGCGUGACCGACUGUUCUUGCCAGGCUCUAGCACGGCUCAGCGUGUAUGUACGGAGUGUGCGACAGAGGGACCUCGCACCAAUCAGGCUCCCACCCAGCCUCUUCCGAGUUACCCGCGCAGCAACCGUACUGCCAGCGACGCUGUGGCAGCUACGAACGUAUCGACAGAUAUGUCACAAACGCGUAAUCGCUCGGAUACGCAGAUGUCGAAUCAAGGCCGAUCGGAGUCGAACGCCCAGCCGCCCGGAAACUCGAAACUCAGUGUGGAGGAUUUUGAUUUGCUGAAGGUGAUUGGUAAGGGAGCAUUCGGUAAGGUGAUGCUUGUGCGCAAGAAGGCUCCUGAUGCAUCAGCUAUUCCGAACGCUAUUUACGCCAUGAAGGUGCUAAAAAAGGCAUCUGUGUUUGCUAAGAACCAGGUGGAGCAUACCAAAUCGGAGCGUCGAAUCCUUCGCGAUAUCGAUCAUCCCUUCGUGGUGCGUCUACGAUAUGCGUUCCAGAACGAAGACAAGCUGUAUCUCGUCAUGGACUACUACAAUGGCGGUUCGCUGUUCUUUCACUUGCGCAAGUCACGUAAGUUCUCGGAGAAGCGCGCUCGUUUUUACGCGGCGCAAUUAUUGAUGUCGAUGUCCCACUUGCACGAGCUCAAUAUUGCUUACCGUGAUCUGAAACUUGAGAAUAUUUUGAUGGACGAUAAGGGUUUCAUUGCCCUAACGGAUUUCGGCCUUUCGAAGGAGAACGUCGACAUGCCUGAUGGCGCCAAGACUUUCUGUGGAACGGCCGAGUACAUUGCGCCUGAACUGCUGAAGGGCUUGCCGUACGGCAAAGCUGUUGACUGGUGGGGCUUUGGCACGCUGCUGUAUGAAAUGAUGACUGGCCAGACGCCGUUCUUCGACCGUAACCGAAAGCGCAUGUUCCACAACAUCUUACACCGAGACGUUGUUUUUACUCAGGCUUUUUCGGAGGACGCCAAAGACUUGCUCACAGGUUUGCUUCGUCGAGAUCCUGCCAAGCGAUUAGGCUCAGGUCCCUCGGGUGUGCAAGAAAUUAUGGAUCACCCGUUCUUUGCUAGCAUCGACUUUGACAAGCUGCUGAAGCGCGAGAUCGAGCCGCCUUUCAAGCCCGUUGUGAACAGCGAAGCCGACACAGGCAACGUUGCCAACAUCUUUACGCGCGAAAUGGCGCGCGACUCGCCAGUCACGCAAGAGCUAGGAGCUACGCAUCGUGCGCAAGCGCACUUUGACGGCUUUACCUACAUGCCCGGCAACGAGCAUUUGAACUAA